GGACGGGGAACGGAGCGUCGAGGCCUCGGCGCGGCGGGCGGCGGGGAGAUGGCGGCGGCGGCCGUGUCGGCGUCGGCGUCGGCGUCGGCGCUCUCGAGCAGUGUUGCUGAGACAGUGAAGUCUGUUGGGAACGUGCUUCACCACUCCCCCUCUUCCUAUGUGGGGUACCCACCUGAUAAGCCUUUCCUCAACUGUGACCUGCGGCGCUCCCCGAGCAAGCCUACGUUCGCCUACCCUGAGAGCAACAGCCGAGCCAUUUUUUCUGCUCUGAAGAAUCUUCAAGAUAAGAUUCGGCGCUUGGAACUGGAAAGGAUUCAGGCAGAAGAAAGCGUGAAAACCUUGUCUAGGGAAACCACGGAAUACAAGAAAGUCCUUGACGAACAAAUACAGGAAAGGGAGAACUCAAAGAAUGAGGAAUCGAGGCAUAAUCAAGAACUGGCAUCUCAGUUACUGGCUGCAGAAAAUAAAUGUAACCUUUUAGAAAAGCAGUUGGAAUAUAUGCGAAAUAUGAUAAAACAUGCUGAAAUGGAGAGGACGUCUGUCUUAGAGAAACAGGUUUCCCUAGAGAGAGAGCGACAGCAUGAUCAAACACAUGUUCAGAGCCAGCUGGAAAAAUUGGAUCUUCUUGAGCAGGAGUACAACAAGCUCACCACAAUGCAGGUCCUUGCGGAAAAAAAAAUGCAAGAGUUGGAAGCAAAACUCCAUGAAGAGGAGAAGGAAAGGAAACGUAUGCAAGCUAAGGCAGACCAGUUGCAGACUGGUUUAGAAGCAAAUAGACUUAUUUUUGAAGAUAAGACAGCUCCCAAUGUUCCCAGUGCAAGGAGAAUUAAAAAAAAGAAGUCCAAGCCACCAGAAAAGAAAGGGCCCAGGAACUAUUUUUCUGCACAGCCACAUUACAGAUUGUGCUUGGGCGAUAUGCCAUUUGUAGCUGGAAAGUCCACCAGUCCGAGUCAUGCUGUGGUAGCCAACGUUCAACAUGUCUUGCAUCUCAUGAAGCAGCACAGUAAAGUCUUAUGCAACGAGCGGGUAGUCAGCAGUAUUCCUCUAGCCAAGCAGACUUCCCUGCGAAGUGUCCGGAGUAAGAAGUCGGACUCUGCAACAUCCUGCAGCAGCAUCAGUGAAGAGCUGUCUGAGGUCCUACAGACCCUGCAGGAUGAGUUCGGGCAGAUGAGCUGUGAUCACCAGCAGCUUUCCAAACUUAUCCAAGAGUCACCGACUGUUGAACUGAAAGACAACUUGGAGUGUGAAUUAGAAGCAUUAGUGGGAAGGAUGGAAGCAAAAGCGACUCAAAUAACUAAAGUCCGCAAAUACCAGGCACAGUUUGAGAAACAGAAGACAGAGAAGCCAAAGAAGGACUUAAGAACCACCAGGAAAUCUCUCGAGGAAGAAGGAAGCAGCAGUCGCUGGUCUGGAAACUCAAACUCUGGGACCACAACUAACAAGAGGGAUCUCACCAAAGCAAGACCUGGGGAAAAGAGCAGGAAAAACCUUCAGUUACUGAAAGAAAUGCAAACCAUUCAGAAUUCCUUACAAAGCAAUAGUUUGUGUUGGGAUUACUAACUGGUACCGGGUCAUAAAUUUUAUCCAGAAUAAUCUGUACCUCAUCCGUCAGACGUGGCCAGUUUCCUUUCCAGUCUCCCCUUCUGUUGUGUUGGAAUCACUCUGCAGGCAGGUGCUUGGGCCAAGCUUACUCCCACACUCAGUUUGCAUCGCCAUGUGAUUGACCGAUGAGAACCAGGCAGUCUGCAGGCCAGAAGCCCCCAACUCUUGAUUAAGUUUCAGGUGAACCUGUUUUUCCUCUAUUUUGCACUUUGUAACAAAUUAAUUUUUUUUUAUUUGUGGAUGUGAUUUUUUUAUACAGUAGUUCUUUAUACAUCUGAAUAAAAUUAGGUUUAAAUGAUCAAAA